AGCAUCCACCGCAUAGUUGCAGGGGGGUGGUUGCAGACGCUUCAAUGUGCUAGAACAAACAAAUGUGUAGCGAGAGGGAAGCUAAAUCUCUCUAGAGAGUGACUGAUCAUGGCGAGUCGGGGGCGAGACGCUCGCAGCCAGUCAGGAACCCCCGCCGGCGGCCUGAACACGGCGCCAAUGACCCACCAACAAGAACCGGUCGGAGAGACGGGGGACGCCGUGGAGUCGCUGCGGGAGCUGCCUCGAUGGUUGAGGCUUUACUUCUACGGGAUGCACGGCGUGGCUCUAGAUGUCCUGCUCUCAUCGAUUCAGGGGUUUUUAAAUUAUCGAGACCCCAAACUGGUGGGCUUUUCCUCUCCGUAUCUUUGCAUUAUGCAUGCGCUGACCCACUUCGCGCUGGAGAAGAUUUACUCGCAAAAGAGGUGUUUCCGAGGUCGGCCUGUGGUGUUUCAUCUUGUUUUCUACCCGUCGGUCUACAUCGGGCUGCAGAUCCUGAUCGGGAACAUUAACACGUUGACCGAGCAGGUGAGGGUGGUAUCUGGCACCCAGCUGGUCGUGCACUACAUUCUGGCUCUCUAUUUUUCCCUGGUGUUUCACAGAGGACUGGCAAGGCUGCAGUAUCAAACCAUCAGCCCCCUCGAGCACACGCGCGAACUCGGCCCGGUGGACAGAGGUCAUGAUCGGAGGCCUCUUCACGGUCUCCCCGGCUUUGUGCGUUUCUUGUUCUUUGGGAUGCACGGCUUUCUGGACGAGGUGAUUUUCACCUCCAUUUUCAACCUGGUGGAGAAGUCUGACCGGACCCUCAGCGGUCACACGUCCCUGUGGUCGUUCCUGAUGUACGGGAGCUGCAGCUUCGUGGUGGAAAAGCUCUACCUUCACCUGCACUUCAACAGAGGCUGGGGGAUUUUGUGGCGGCUCCCCAUCUACAUCUGCUUCAUCUACACCUGGGAGUUCUCCUGGGGUCUGUUCCUGAGGCAGUUUGGCGCCUGCUCGUGGGACUACUCUCAUUAUCCUCACAACUUCAUGGGACUAGUCACCCUCCUCUACUUGCCCGGCUGGGCCGGCAUCAGUUUGUAUCAGGACGUGCUGUCUAAUGUCAUGCUGAGAAUCAAGUGCACCAAAGAAGUAAAUGAUUUGAGUGAGGAGAAUGGAGAGGUCGAUGGAUCGAUGGAGUCAAAGAAAAAACUACUUUAAUUUUCAUUUUGAUCUUGUAACUUCUCGGGAAAGUCUGGUUUACAGUAUACUGAAGAAACAAACGGGCAUUGUUGUAUUCCAAUAAAUAUAUUAAAUUAAAUCAGAUUGGACUGAUUCAACGGAAAAAUACAUACAUGUUUAUAUUCAUAAAGAAGUGCAAGAGAUGUAAGAUACUUUGACUAUUUGGACAGUUGGGCAGUAAUAUGUUGCCAUGGUAACAUGUUGAAUGUGGAAGUAACAUUUUAUGCAGCUCAUCUUAGUAACUUUAGAGUUGUGUUACUUCAGAGUCUAGACACUUAUUACCAGCAUGCAGAUGAGACUGUUGUUAACUCUGCAACGCCUAAUAUUUCUGGGUCCAGUAGUAAAGAUAAAACACAACUGAGGACCACGAUUCACCAAACCUGUUUAAAUGCAGUUGACCUACUGCCAUGUUAUCUCUGUAAAAUAUAGUUUCAAUAUUAAAAUGUGGAAAUUCUGUUUUUUAAAUGAUUACAGUGGCAGACUUACUAUCUUAUACAUUACAUGCAUUGUUGCAGGUCUAGUUUGAGUUAGAUCUAUUGUUUCAUUAACAUAACCAUCGGCAUGCUUUAACUGUAGCUGCAUGCUAAAAAUAUAAUAGCAUAUGUCAGGUUUAUGCAUUAGAUAUGAUGAUACUCAAAGUCAGUCAGACAAAGAUGUAAAAACAACUCGGCAGUAACCCUGUUUUUUAAUGUUAAUUCAUAUUUUGAAACAAACUCCGUAUUUUCACCCAUAUGACCCUUGACUAUUGCAUGACAACUAUUUGCAUGGCAACUUUUAGAGUAGAAAUAAACCCAGUCAUAAAUGUAGCAAGAAAACUUGUAGCUGAAUGGAUACGAGGAGCAGAGUGUGAUUGUACUAUGAAUCUUUUAUGAACCAAGCUUUACUUUGCUGGAGUGCCUUCCAACCGCGUCAUGCAGACUCAAGAAACAAGGCUCUUGUUAGAUUAGAAGUACAGCAGUGAUUUGUCAAUGAUUUGUAUCAAAUAUUUUAACCUUUAGCACCAAUGACGGUCUCAGUCAAAGAGGUUGCCAAAAUGA